AUAAAUAAUCCCCAACCUAAAAUGACAGAAGAAAAUAAGUAUGAUGGUCUAUUUAUGACAAUUAUGUAGUAAACAAAGGAUAUUAAUGUAUUCUUUGAUGCAUCAUUUGGAUUUUUAAGGUAAUUUCUAUUCUAUUGAUCAUAGACGUCACACUGACUUCUUUUUGGAUUAAAAACAAGCAGAAAAAGUUAUUACUGAAUCUUGUGCUAAAAAUUUCCUCAAAUUUUAAUCAGAAAAAGCAGACAAGGACAAGAAGGAUGAGCAACGAAAGUAAAGAGAAGAGUAAAGAAAAAGGGAAAAGGAAGCUGCUGAAAAGGCUAAGAAGGAAGCAGAACAACUAUAAUAACAAUAAUUAUUACAAUAAUAAAAAGAGAAAUUAGAAUAACAAAAAUAACAAUAAUAAUAGCAAUAACAAUAGUAAUAAUAAUAAGAACCAUUGGAUCCAUCAAUUCCAUUAUACUAACCAGUUUUGAAAGUUCCAGAGUAAAAGCCAAAAGAACCUGAAAAGAAAGAAGCUGAAGAAAAAGAAGGAGAGAAAAAAGAUGGAGAAAAAAAGGAUGACAACGAAAAGCCACCCUUAGGUAACGGAGGAAGAACAGAGAGAUAUAUUUGGACCUAAACUCUAGAAGAAGUCUAAGUUUAUAUCCCUAUCCCCUCUUCUGUUACAAGUAAAUAACUAACUGUGAAAAUUGAAGCCUGCUCAUUAUUAGUUGGGCUUAAAGGUAUUAAUUUAAAUUAAUUUACUCUAGGCUAACCUCCUAUCGUUAAUGGAUAAUUGUUUGAAAAAAUAUAAUCUGAUGAAUCAACUUGGUUAUUGACUGAUGGAGAGAUUUAGGAUUACAAAGGAAAGUACAUUCACCUAUCAAUUACAAAAUACUCUGGUUAAAUGAAUUGGUGGUCAUGUGUCAUUAAAGGUACUUCUAAUUAUUAGAAUAUAGGCGAUCUUGAAAUCAAUACUCAAAAGAUCAGUCCAGAACCAUCAUAAUUGUCUGAUUUAGAUGGAGACACUAGAGGAACUGUUGAAAAGAUGAUGUUUGAUAUGAGACAAAAACAAAUGGGCAAACCUACUAGUGAUGAGCUUUAAAAGUAGAAUAAAUUAUCUGAAUUCAUGAAAGCCCACCCAGAAAUGGAUUUUUCAAAAUGCAAGUUCAGUUGAUUUAUAAAUAAGAAGUUAAAUAUUAUUUUAUGAAUCUUUU